AUGAAUCCAACACCACUAUUGAAAAAGACCCCGCCCGUUGAUCAUCAUCGACCUGGCAAACGGACCUAUCGACGCAGGACUGUAUCCAGCAGCAAGGCUCCAUCUGUCGUUCGGAGACAUGGUCGUGAUGCACGAAACCAAACUUCAACUGAUGAUGAUAUCAUUGUUCGGCUCCCAAUCAAGUCAAUUGUACCUUUGAGCUGGAUUCUAUCAUCUGCUACUCAAAUCUUGGUGGACCAUCUUUUAUUUUCCCGCGGUGUAAUUCCACUGAGCGUACCGCAACUGAGAGACAACAAGCAGGGAGAGGUUCUAAAGUCACGAUCCCAGCGACGAAAGGUUGCCCAAUGCCGAACUCGACUAGAAUCCUGGCACCUCGAGUGGUCUCAAAUCGAUCGCCGCAUUCUCGAAAAUUGCUCAUGCAUAUUGAUAUCUUUGGGACCAUCCUUUCUACGUUCGAAAGAGUUCUACAUUCUAAAUGUUGCAGAAGAACGGAAGAUUCUUGAACGCCAUCCAGCAUUGAAACUACCACCAGUUCAUGCUCUUGCGAGACGUCUUCUUCCAAGGAUAGUCGAAUCUGACACCGAUCUUCCUUGUCGAUCAGCUCCGUCAUUUCAGAUCUCCGUGAGCUUAUUCGUCAAGGCUGAAGCAUUGGAGAGAGCUUCGAACGAUGAAUCAAUUGAAAUGUCAAAUCUGUUCAUACGCCGCCCUGGAUACAUGUUGCCAACAGCGACAACAACGAAAGCCAACCAGCGAGUAACGUACAUCAACAUUUUGAAUGCAGAUAGGAACGACGAAACCGAAGUGAAGAUAUCGGAGUCCAUCGGUGUUGCAGAUGGUGCUCAUUGGGUAUCACUGAGAAGCUCAAUCAAAGGCUUUCGCUUGUCGGGAUAA